AUGAAGGAAUUCGGUAGUUCACUAAGUGAAGUUGUCAAACGAGAAAAUCAAAAUGAAAUACUUUAUGUGCAUUGUGAUCCUUGCAGUGAUUGCUCUGGUACAAGCCGAUCACUGGAGUCCAAAGACCGUCGAUGACAUUAAAAAUAUUCGCGAAGAAUGUAUGAAAGAAGUGCCAUCCACUGAUGAAGAAUUCGAAAAGAGGAAGGAGAAUGACUAUCCCGACGUAGAGUCCGUACGGAAAUAUAUGCUUUGCACUAGCAAAGCAUGGGGCCUCUACAAAGAGGGUAAGGGUUUUAAUGCCGACCGUGUUGCCGAGCAAUUCAAAGACGAUAUGCCGGAAGACGAGAUCAAAGCCAUUAUUCAUGAUUGUGAUGAAAAGACCAAAGAGGAUACCGAUGAUGAGAGAUGCUACCAUAUUUUGAAGUGUGCCUGCUCAACCAAGCUCGGUGAUCAUAUUAAAGAUCUCAUUAAGCGAUCAGAGUAAGCACUGGAGGUGUACUGAAUAAACUGUAGAUUAUCACUAUUAUAGUUUGUGAUGAAUAAAUUAAUAAAGCAAUUUUGGUAAGUGAGCAA